GGCAGAGCAUCUUCAGUGAGGUACUCAAUGCACGCUUCAGUGUGCUCAUCUUCUUGUGAUGUGAAACACAUCGCACAUGUUUAUUCUUGAACAACAGUGUGCAAUGUGGGACCACAUCAGCAGCAAGCCGGUAGGGACUAUACCAGAUCCCUUAUGAUGAUGAUCUUCAACUGUGUGUAUAGUAGUGCCAUUGAUUGUCAUCCUUGCCGCUUUUAUUAGCAAAAAACUUUUUGUCAUCCUAUAUAUUACACCUAGCAUGGAGUGUCGAUCGAUCGAGUAGCCAACGACCCUUGAAACUAAAGUAGCCAUGGGUAGUACUGGUAGCCCCUCGGUAGCCGCUCUACCAACAAGCGGCCUGCUACCCCCGAUACGCACGCCAAGGUCAGCGCCGGCCGAAUGGAAGACGGACGACGAUUCCGCGGUGGCGGCAGCGGAGGAGGAGCCAGUGACCCCUAGUGCAAGACUCUUCGAAGCUAUAUACAUCGUGGUUAUGGUCGGCCUUGGCUCGCCCGUCAACCUAGCCAUCUUCAGCGCCGGCAUCGCAGCCCAACUUGCUCGUUACCCACGCUUCCGUAGCAUUCAAGUGACAGACGGGUGCAAGAGCCCGCGGUGGGCGUGCACGGAGGUGAACGUCGACGACCACAUGAUCGUCCCGACGCUGGACCCCGCCGCCGUGGAGGCUGACCCGGACCGGGCCGUGGAGGACUACGUGGCCUCGCUGCAGGCACUCCCCAUGGAUUGCUCCCGCCCGCUCUGGGAGUUCCACUUCCUCGACUUCCCGACCUCAGAGGCCACCUCCACCGUGGUGUUCCGCGUCCACCACUCCCUCGGUGACGGGAUGUCGCUGAUCACGCUCCUCCUGGCGUCUGCCCGCAGCGCCGCGGACCCGACACGCCUGCCGGCCAUGCCGGAGCAGCCGGCGCGCACGGGCGCCAUCUACGAGCCGCGGCACCGGCAGCCGCUGCCCUCGGGCGCCCUGGCGGCGUUCGUCGCAUGGGUUUGGCCGUAUCUUGCGCUUGCAUGGAACACCGUGGUGGACGUCAUCUUCUUUGCUGCGACGAUUGUGUUUCUGAGAGACCCGAACACACUCUUCAGACGCGGGGACAGUCAAGUUACGUUGAACCCCCGCAGGCGCUUCGUGCACCGGAGCUUUAGCUUGGACGACGUCAAGUUCAUCAAGAAUGCCAUGAACUGCACUGUUAAUGAUGUGCUAGUCGGAGUCACUUCUGCUGCUCUAUCACAAUAUUACUUUCGUAAGUCUGGUUACCCUAAGACACGCAAGCUAUGUUUGCGAUGUGUCCUCCCUGUAAAUACAAGGCCAACAGCUAGCCUACAAGCCUAUGUUAAUAUGAUAGAAUCGGGUAAAAGUAAUGACGUGGCAUGGGGAAAUCAAAUAGGCUACAUCCUCCUACCAUUUCAUUUAGCGGUACACGAUGAUCCACUUGCAUAUGUUCGGAUGGCAAAGAAGACCCUGGAUAGAAAAAAGAGCUCACUUG